GGAUGAAGCUACCAUGAGGUUGCUCCAGGGUGGCUGGGGGGGAUUUGUCAUUUUUUGGGGAGCUGAAGGUGCCUUGAGGUUCUUGAGGUGCUACUGGAGGUGCUGGAGUGCCCUGAGGUGUCUUGGGGUGCUGGCAGGCUGUUGGGGGUGCUGUGGAACAUUGGGUGAGCUGAGAGUAACUUGAGGUUCUUGGUGUGUCAGAGGUUCCUAGGAGGUGCUGAGGGGCACUGGAGAUGCUGGGGGUGGAUUGAAGUUUCUGGUGCUGCUGUGGGGCACAGGGGUGAAGUAGGGUGUUGCAGUGUACCUUGGCAGUGUGCAGUGGAAGAGACCCAGGUUGCAACAUCGCUUGGGGAAGGCUGAGGAGCUGGCACUCCGAGGGAGCAGUUGCUGAGUGGGCCAGGCAGUGUGUGUGGGUUUACAGAAAAGGAUGCCAGGGUUUUCUGGGAAUUGUGAUGGGUGGAGGGAUGUGUAAGUACUGGAAGUGUUGCUUGGUACUGUGGAGAGGGUGCUGCUCACUGCAAGGGAUGUGCAGGCAGACAGUGAGAGCAGGAGGCCUAGGGCACUUCACCUCUGCAGAGGAUCUAAAUCUGCUGAUUGCCAAGAACACCCGUCUUGAGAUAUAUGUGGUCACAGCAGAGGGGCUGCGGCCUGUCAAGGAGGUGGGCAUGUAUGGCAAGACUGCUGUCAUGGAGCUCUUCCGCCCAAAGGGUGAGAGCAAGGAUUUAUUGUUCAUCCUGACAGCCAAGUAUAAUGCAUGUAUCCUCGAGUACAAGCAGAAUGGGGACAGUAUUGAUAUUAUCACCCGUGCCCAUGGCAACGUGCAGGAUCGUAUUGGUCGUCCCUCGGAGACGGGUAUAAUUGGCAUCAUUGACCCAGAGUGCCGGAUGAUUGGCUUGCGGCUCUAUGAUGGUCUCUUCAAGGUCAUCCCUCUGGACCGGGAGAACAAGGAGUUAAAGGCUUUUAACAUCCGCCUGGAAGAGCUCCAAGUCAUCGAUGUGAAAUUUCUCUAUGGUUGUCAAGCUCCAACCAUCUGCUUUGUCUACCAGGACCCUCAGGGUCGCCAUGUCAAGACAUAUGAGGUAUCCCUGCGAGAAAAGGAGUUUAACAAAGGUCCUUGGAAACAGGAGAACGUAGAGGCUGAAGCCUCCAUGGUCAUUGCAGUGCCGGAGCCUUUUGGAGGAGCAAUCAUCAUUGGGCAGGAGUCCAUCACCUAUCACAAUGGAGACAAAUAUCUAGCCAUAGCUCCACCCAUCAUCAAACAAAGUACGAUUGUGUGCCACAAUCGUGUGGAUCCCAAUGGCUCACGAUACUUGCUGGGAGACAUGGAGGGACGUCUCUUCAUGCUGCUCCUGGAGAAGGAGGAACAGAUGGAUGGCACUGUCACUUUGAAGGACCUGCGUGUGGAACUGCUUGGAGAGACAUCUAUUGCAGAGUGUUUGACCUACCUGGACAACGGUGUUGUGUUUGUUGGGUCUCGGCUUGGGGAUUCCCAGCUUGUGAAGCUCAACGUGGACAGCAAUGAACAGGGCUCCUAUGUAGUAGCUAUGGAGACCUUUACCAACCUUGGUCCCAUCGUCGACAUGUGUGUGGUAGACCUGGAAAGACAAGGCCAAGGGCAGCUGGUCACAUGCUCAGGUGCAUUUAAAGAGGGUUCGCUGCGGAUCAUCCGGAAUGGCAUUGGGAUUCAUGAGCAUGCCAGCAUUGACUUGCCAGGAAUUAAAGGCCUGUGGCCCCUGAGAUCAGAUUCUCAUCGUGAGACCGACAAUACAUUGGUGCUGUCCUUUGUUGGCCAGACUAGAGUUCUUAUGUUAAACGGAGAGGAAGUGGAAGAGACAGAGCUGACAGGGUUUGUGGAUGAUCAGCAGACUUUCUUUUGUGGCAAUGUGGCUCAUCAGCAAUUGAUCCAGAUCACCUCUGCAUCUGUGAGACUGGUCAGUCAGGAGCCCAAAGCCCUGGUGAGUGAGUGGAAAGAGCCCAAUGGGAAGAACAUCAGCGUGGCUUCCUGCAAUAGUAACCAAGUGGUGGUGGCUGUGGGACGAGCCCUGUAUUACCUGGAGAUCAGACCCCAGGAGCUCAGGCAGGUCAGCUGUACAGAAAUGGAGCAUGAAGUUGCCUGCCUGGACAUCACCCCUUUGGGGGACACUAAUGGCAUGUCCCUACUAUGUGCUAUCGGGCUCUGGACUGAUAUCUCUGCCCGCAUACUAAAGUUACCUUCAUUUGAGAUGCUGCACAAAGAGAUGCUGGGAGGAGAAAUCAUCCCUCGUUCUAUCCUGAUGACGACCUUUGAGAGCAGCCAUUAUCUUCUAUGUGCCCUGGGGGAUGGGGCUCUCUUCUACUUCGGGCUCAGCCUUGAGACAGGUUUGCUGAGUGACCGGAAGAAAGUGACCCUUGGGACACAGCCCACUGUCCUGAGGACUUUUCGCUCUUUGUCCACGACCAAUGUGUUUGCCUGCUCUGACCGCCCCACUGUGAUCUACAGCAGUAACCACAAGUUGGUUUUUUCCAAUGUCAACCUUAAGGAAGUGAACUACAUGUGUCCCCUCAACUCGGAUGGGUAUCCUGAUAGCCUGGCAUUGGCCAAUAACAGCACCCUGACAAUUGGCACUAUUGAUGAGAUCCAGAAGCUGCACAUCCGCACAGUUCCCCUCUAUGAAUCACCCAGGAAGAUCUGCUACCAGGAGGUAUCACAGUGUUUUGGUGUGCUCUCGAGUCGUAUUGAGGUGCAGGAUGCCAGUGGGGGUACCACUGCACUCAGACCAAGUGCCAGCACGCAGGCCCUAUCCAGCAGUGUGAGCACCAGCAAGCUGUUCUCCAGCAGCACAGCACCGCACGAGACAUCCUUUGGAGAGGAGGUGGAGGUGCACAACCUGCUCAUUAUAGAUCAGCACACCUUUGAAGUGCUUCAUGCUCACCAGUUUCUGCAAAAUGAAUAUGCCCUUAGCCUCGUCUCCUGCAAGCUUGGCAAAGAUCCAAACACCUACUUCAUUGUGGGCACUGCCAUGGUGUAUCCUGAGGAGGCAGAGCCCAAACAGGGCCGCAUUGUUGUCUUCCACUAUUCUGAUGGGAAGUUGCAGAGCCUGGCAGAGAAGGAGGUGAAAGGGGCUGUGUAUUCCAUGGUGGAGUUCAAUGGGAAGCUGUUAGCCAGCAUCAACAGCACGGUGCGCCUAUAUGAGUGGACAGCUGAGAAAGAGCUGCGCACAGAGUGCAACCAUUACAAUAACAUCAUGGCACUUUACUUGAAGACUAAGGGAGACUUCAUCCUUGUAGGAGAUCUGAUGCGGUCUGUCCUACUCCUUGCAUACAAGCCCAUGGAAGGAAACUUUGAGGAGAUUGCCCGGGACUUCAAUCCAAACUGGAUGAGUGCGGUAGAGAUCUUGGAUGAUGACAACUUCUUGGGAGCAGAGAAUGCCUUUAACCUGUUUGUAUGCCAGAAGGACAGUGCUGCCACAACCGAUGAGGAGCGCCAGCACUUGCAAGAAGUGGGGCUGUCCCAUCUGGGAGAAUUUGUUAAUGUUUUCUGCCAUGGAUCUCUGGUCAUGCAGAACUUGGGUGAGACGUCUACACCGACACAGGGCUCAGUUCUCUUCGGCACAGUCAAUGGCAUGAUUGGACUGGUGACCUCGCUGUCGGAGAGCUGGUACAACCUCCUGCUGGACAUGCAGAACCGGCUCAAUAAAGUCAUCAAGAGCGUGGGCAAGAUUGAGCACUCUUUCUGGAGAUCAUUUCACACUGAACGCAAGACGGAACCAGCUACGGGGUUUAUUGAUGGUGACUUGAUUGAAAGUUUCUUGGACAUCAGCAGGCCCAAGAUGCAAGAGGUGGUGGCUAACCUGCAGAUUGAUGACGGCAGCGGCAUGAAGAGGGAGGCCACCGUAGAUGACCUGAUAAAGAUUGUGGAAGAGCUGACCCGGAUCCAUUAGCAGGAUUCAGGGUCAUUCCCUACCACCUUCCUCUGUGUAGAGCAAGGGAGUCGUUUUUCCUGCCUGCAGCUGGGAGACCCCUGGCCAGCUACACUAAACACCAGAAGCGGUGGCCCUUGCCCAAGGGGAGGUGGGGGAAGGAGUCUCUGAAUAGGAGCGAACUUGUUAGAGAUUUGGGGGGGAGGGGGAUGUUGCUGGUCAGGCACCAUGUCAUUGCCUGCUGGGAUUCACUGAUCCUGCAGACCUCGACUGCUGACCCAGAACUGAUCUUCACUGGUUGCUCUUGUUGGGUAACAGUAGUGCUUGACUGAUGGGAUGCCCUUGCCUGGAUUCACUCUUCAUUCUUUUGUUUUGUUUUGUUUUUUGCUUUGUUUCAUUUUUUAUUCUUUUGGAUUUGUUGUGUUUUUUGGAAGUGGAAGCAAAGCUGCCUCUGUGGUGCAGGUGAGGGCUGGAAGGAGUUAUCUCUGGGGCUCAUAAGAAGUGUGGGACAGCGGGGGAGGAUGCCUCUACAUCUAGUAGUAAAGCUAAAGAGGGCAGAGUGUGCUUCUCUCUGGAGGAUUUGUGCCUCACUCAGGGAGGGAAGCUUUGGAAAGCAAAAUCAGUUGUUGGCUUCUGAGUUUUACCAAAUAAAGUAGUCCAUGAGGAAA